GCCGAAAGCAAAACUUCUGAGCUCCUGGUACUAAAGUCUGCAGCUUUUUAGUUCAGAAAAUAUAAACGAUGGGAGGAAAGAAAAAUAAAAAUUAUCCAGACGGAUGGUUUGAUUAUGAUCCAGUAAAAAACGAAAUUCCUGGCGUUCGACUUAUUCCUUUUAAAUGUCCCUUGCCUUAUCGUCGAUUCAUCACGGAAGAUAUGCAGCAACACAAAUGGACUCCCGAAGAUGUCAUGUUACGCAUCCCAAAUAUCGCUUUAGUGAUAGAUUUAACUUAUAAAUUCCCUGCAUAUUACGAACCCAACGAAUUUCUAGAUGCUAAUAUAGCUUAUGAAAAAAUUGGUGUCGUGGGUCACCACGUUCCUAGCGACGAGUGUUAUUAUACGUUUUGUGAUGUCGUUAAAAAUUUCGUGAUGCGAAACUCUCGGAAUGAUCUAGUUAUAGGCGUACAUUGUACUCAUGGUGUGAAUCGUACGGGAUAUAUGAUUUGUAGAUAUAUGGUGGAGAAGCUGAGGUACAAGCCAGGUGAUGCACUCGAGGAAUUUGCUUCAAGUAGAGGUUAUCCUGUGGAAAGAGAGAACUAUCGACAAGCUAUAUAUGAUGCCUACAAAGCAUGACAGUGCUAUACCAUUAGAAAAUUUAUGAAUGGCAUUUGUAAUGGUGUUAAAAUUUUGUGAACAGAGACGGUAUUUGAGUAAAAAAUUGUCGAGUUGACUUUUAUACUUUAGAAAAUCAUUGUAUUUUUCCAUUAUAGGUAUGCACGCAUUUUAUGACUUGGUAAUUAUUUUAAUUUAUUGCCACUUUGUUUCGCCGGAAUUAUAUAGAAAUUACUUGUCAAUACCCUCUUUUGUAUUUUCAUUCUUUUUUUUUUUUUAUAAAAAAAAGAAUUAAACUAAAACUUUAGAAUAAAAUACUUUAGUCACAAACAAACACAGGCUAAAAGAUGCAAAAAAUCUCCUUAACUCUAUUCAGACAUCGACAAACAUUAAUGUGUAAAAUAAGAAAAGGAAACAAUAUUGACGCAUGCGUUAAUGUUAUUUUUCUAUUUUUGCCAAGAUUGAAAAUCUAGCAAGUCCCCAAGCUAAAAGCAUACCUAUAGUGGAAAAGUCAAAAUCACAUGAAACUGCAUAAUGCUGUACAGCUAAACAAAUUUCUUAAAAAUUGAACAUAUUUUGAACAGCUGGAUGUUUUGGUUGAAAACAUUACAACCGCUAAAAUUGGAAUGCAGCAAAAAAUAAAAGUGGACUUGCGACUUAAUUUGACCUUUAGCUGAGGAAUUGCUUUUCAGUUUUACAUUAUUUCAACAAUUCAUGCUGCAUGAUUAUUCCUUCUUUUUUCAUCAAAUUUAAAGUUUUUGUGAUCAAAAUUAUGGUCUUUGUGAAAACAAAAAGUGCCUUUUUCAUACUUUUUCACCUAAUGGCAUGUUUUAUCAAUUAGAAUAUUGUAUUAAAUAUGAAAUAAAUUUUUAUAUUAAGUGAUUUCUGGAACAAAUACUAUUUCUAUUACUUCAUUUGAAAAUUAUCGAACCUGAACAUUUUAUAGAUAGAUAUUGUCAGAUAGGAAGACUGUGUAGUAAGCCAAAUGGGGCAAAAUAAAUGAAGCAAACACAGACGAACAAAAAUCAAUUUAAAAAACAAUAUUAUAUGCCUAAUUGGCAUUUUAGAUUUUUUAUCUAAUUGAAGUGCUUUAUUUAACUUCAAGUGUUUUAUAACUUGUAUUUACAUAUAUGCAUGAAA